AUGGGGAGAGCGGACCAAGAGAGCCCAGCUCAAGCUGGUAGACCGCAUGCAAACUCCACAGUGAAAGAAACGAAGCGUGUUCUUGCAGAGGAACUAAAGGACGCAUUGCGGUUUCGGGAUGAAAGAGUUAGUAUCAUCAAUGCAGAGCCUUCAUCAACCUUGUUUGUCUUUUGGUUUGUAGUUUCGUGCUAUUUUCCCGUGAUCACAGCCUGUUUGGGUCCCAUAGCUAAUACCAUUUCGAUAGCUUGUGUGGUAGAAAAAUGGAGAUCGGUAAGAAACAACUCUAUAGUGACGAAUCCACAGAGCAGCGACACGGACAUUUUGAUGAACCAAGUGAAAACGGUUUUUGAUCCUCCUGGAGUUUUUGCCGUAAAUAUCGUGUCUCUAAUAUUGGGCUUUACUUCAAAUAUUGUUCUGAUGUUACAUUUUAGUAAGAAGUUGACGUACCUUAAAUCUCAGUUGAUCAAUAUCACAGGUUGGACACUAGCUGGGGGAAUGCUUUUGGUAGACGUGAUUGUAUGUUCCUUGAAUGACAUGCCUAACAUUUAUAGCAAGACCAUUGGGUUCUGGUUCGCAUGUAUCAGUUCUGGUUUAUAUCUUGUAUGCACCAUCAUUUUGACGAUACAUUUUAUUGGUUAUAAACUACAAAAAUAUCCUCCUACGUUUAACCUUUUACCAAAUGAAAGAAGUAUUAUGGCCUUCACUGUGCUACUCUCUAUAUGGUUGAUUUGGGGUUCAGGCAUGUUUAGUGCUUUGUUACACAUUACCUAUGGAAAUGCACUCUAUUUCUGCACGGUAUCAUUAUUAACCGUCGGACUAGGUGAUAUUUUACCUGAAUCUGUUGGUGCCAAAAUAAUGGUUUUAAUUUUUUCCCUAUCUGGAGUUGUGUUGAUGGGUCUGAUCGUAUUUAUGACGAGAUCUAUCAUCCAGAAAUCGUCUGGACCAAUUUUCUUUUUCCAUAGAAUUGAAAAUGGGAGGUCCAAAGCGUGGAAACGUUAUAUGGAGGGUGAAAAAACUUCAUCUGAAAGGGAAGCUUUUGAUUUAAUGAAGUGUAUUCGCAGAACUGCCUCGAGGAAGCAGCAUUGGUUUUCAUUAUCGAUGACGGUGACAAUUUUUAUGGGAUUCUGGUUAUUGGGAGCCCUUGUAUUCAAAUUUGCAGAAAAUUGGUCGUAUUUCAAUUGUGUAUAUUUUUGUUUCCUAUGCUUAUUGACCAUUGGCUACGGUGACUUUGCUCCAAAGACCGGUGUAGGUCGUGCAUUUUUUGUUAUCUGGGCCUUGGGUGCUGUGCCAUUAAUGGGUGCUAUAUUGUCCACAGUGGGUGACUUGUUGUUUGAUAUUUCCACAUCUCUAGAUAUUAAGAUCGGUGAUUCAUUCAACAAUAAAAUCAAAUCCAUUGUCUUCAAGGGACGUCAACGAGCGCUCUCCCUUAUGGUGAAUACGGGUGAAAUUUUUGAAGAAUCAGAUACAGGCGGGGACGACUUAGAAGAGGUUACAGUCAUCUCACAGUCUAGUCAAAUUCCAGAGAACAACGAUGAUACCUCAGAAUCAUUCUCUUCUGGAGUAUCGUCCCUACCAGCAAGCUUACAGGAAUCUUUUCCUUCAUUAUCAAAAACGCCUAGUUCAGAAAGGAUACUUCCUCUGGAAUAUUUCUCUUCUUCUGGGUAUUUACCAAAAGACUCAGGAAUCUACAACUUAAGGAACUUGCAAGAAUUACUCAAAGCUAUAAAGAAACUCCAUCGGAUAUGCCUUGUGGAUAAAGAAUACACACUUAGUUUUUCAGAUUGGUCUUACAUCCACCAACUGCGCUUGAAGAACAUUACAGACAUGGAGGAAUAUACGCAGGGCCCAGAGUUUUGGAUAUCACCAGAUACGCCUCUUAAGUUUCCGCUAAAUGAACCUCAUUUUGCUUUCAUGAUGCUAUUCAGAAACAUAGAAGAGUUAGUAGGUAAUCUAAUAGAGGACGAAGAGCUCUACAAGGUUAUAAGCAAGAGAAAAAUCGUGGGUGAGCAUAGAAAGACACUUUGA